AUGGCGACUCUCAAGGUGACGGUGCAUGAGGCCUGGGACCUUCCCAUAAUGGAUCGCACCACCGGCCUUGCUGACCCGUACGUCGUUUUGCGGUUAAAUGACUUGGAGUACACCACAGAGAUUGUGCACAUGUCACGGCAUCCUGUGUGGAACACCGUCUUCCGUAUUGACACGCCCGAUCUUUUUAUUUUGCAGGAGGACCCACUGGAGGUGCGUCUUUACGAUCAUGACAUCAUCAGUCGCGAUGACAUUGUCGGACUUACAUUUAUUGACUGCAACUCCAUGGUGCUGCAGAGCAACCCCUCCAUGAGCGGCUGGUUUCCACUCUUUGACACAAACGCAAAGGGCAUUCGUGGGGAAAUCCGCCUCACGUUAAAAAUAAAAUUUCAUAACGCGGAAAACCCACUUGCACCACGACUUCCAAUACGUUAUGCCCCACAUUUUACCCUGCCCGAUGUCGAUCAAAGAAGCCGUGCGGAGGAUCAUCAAUUAUUGCUCCCGAAUCCGCAACUCGAUAUGUAUCUUGCGGAAGGUUUUGAGCCGUUGCGGGCCACGCGGAUGGAGCAUCCUUCCAUCGCCGCGGAAGAGGAGGGUAUUCUCAUCUUCUCGGCAUGGCGUUUGGACCCUUCCGUGUACCGCGUUGAAUCGGUACUCACCAUGGUGGAGGAGCUCAUUGUGAAGGCAGACCCGGAGCACUCGAAGCUGACUAACCUGCGUAGUACCCGCUCCACGAACGAGGCGCGUAUUAUUCAACUCUACAAACUCAGUGGGAAAGUACGACGUCAAUUGGCUCGUAAAGUUGUGGAGAUGCAGUGCAACGCGGUGCUUGGGUAUGUGGAGAAGUUUGAUAUGGAGUCAAAUGGUAUUAUUGUUCGGGCCUACGGUACUCCAUGCGUCCUCUCCGCAGUUAAGUUUGUGGAUCGAGAGAGGGCGGAGCGCCUCCUGCCGGACAGCACACGGGUGGCCUUGCGAGCCACGGAGAUAUCCUCCGGCUCCAUUACACCAGCGCACGAUCCAUCUGUCACAACGUUGCAUAUGCAGGCUGCGGAAUCGGCGGGCGGUUUGACUGCUGCGGGGGUCGUUUUGGGAUCAGGAAUGACUUUUGCCUCACCGAUGCAACAGCGUACAUCAGCGCCGGAAACUUCAUUUUUGCAGCUCCCAGAAGCCGAGGUCCCUACGCCUCCGCAACUGGCAUCCAAUAACCCCCCUCAAACGUGCUUAUUAUCGCCCGCAGUUUAUCCACAAGUUACCUCCAUGCCUUGUGAUAAUUACCCAAUGACCCUUUCAAAGGCCGAUUAUGGAUUCCCAAGUUUACUUGCACAGCAAACAGCAACAGGGGCACGUUCCAAUGUACUUAUAUUGACACUCAAGGAUCUUCCCUCUGGUAUGAUAGAGCACAUUGGAGGAUACAUUAGCGCACGAUCUGUGAAAAUUGUUGCCAAAAUGAAAUCUAAACAAAUGAUAUCGCAAGAGCGUGAUUCAUGGUGGAUGGAGUUACGGGAGGAACUUAAGGCAAAUGCACGGGCCUUUCAUUGUAACGUCAUUUUGGGAUAUGAAGAAGUUGUCAUGUAUCAUGAGGAUGUGGCUGUAUUAUCGCUCUCUGGAACCGCAGUGGUACUGAACUCGACGAUGCUUCCACUUCGUUGUGGUCCGGAAUAUCUUUACCAAACUGCACGAGGACGUUUUGGCGCACAGAAAAAUUGCUCUAUGUUACAUUUAUUUUAUCCAAAUUUACGCUUAAAAGAUUUUGUUGGAGAAAUGGAAUGUCCUGCGGUUUGUAAUCUCUGCCAUCGCAAAUCCGUACCAGAUGUGCUGCUUGUUUCAUGUACCAUGCCGCAGGAUCUCAUGUGUGAAGAACAACCCCGACUUGUACAUACCGUUGUGUCCAAGGCAAAGAGUGCCGUGCGAGGGGUGGACCUUGCCCUCGCUGUGUCACAGGCACUUCCCUACAUUGAGUACUCCUUGCACAAGCAGUUAAUUUUUCAUCUGAGACUGCAAAAGUUAAAUGCCGUUUUUGGGCUUCGAAUUACGGUUUGCAUCGCCUCGGACACAAUCAUCGGUACACUGACAGGCACUGGCGUUCGUCUUGUGGCCCUUCCAGUACCAUCCUUGCCUCGAUUGAAAUUUAUUGACCCGGCAAUACAACGUAACAAAACCGUCAUGCGCUUGGUGGAACUUGUGGCGCAGCAUACUCGGUUAAAGCGACACCAACAUCGAAAUUUUCCCCCAAUGGGUGCAGAACAUCAGGGAUCUUUCUCAUCGUCACGCUCGUCGUCGGCGGUCCAGAUGGAAGAUUCCAAUCCGUUUGAGACGGCAGGGGGCGAUGGAGAAUUGAGUUCCGAAUCGGGAAGUGAUCAGGGCCCCCACGGAAUCGGUAGGGUCAGCAGAGCAUGUGAUUAUGUUCUCAAAAUUGACGAUGAGGAAGAGGCAGAGAUGAUGCUUGGCAUGAGUGCUGAUUUAACCUUUGAACACAGUUUACUCCUCACAAUACCGUACGUACCGGAAUGGGCCAAUACCUACGGAUCUCAGAAGCGUAUUGUGAUAAACCGUCGUUUUGUAUUUCAGCGAAUACACAAUGAGUCUGUUACUACGGGAAAAAUAAAUGAGUGUUUUGCAAAUGCCAAAAAGGCCUUUGUGCAGGUUGCCUGUCGUGUAGCAAUGCGGUGUUGCCGUUGCCCAUUAGAACGUUUGCAUGUGAUGGGGUUUACCUUUGAUUUCUUCUUUGAACCCAACUCCUGUUCUUUGCAACUGCGAUUGGAGGGUUGCCUGAUGUUGCGCACCACAACACAGCGAGUGCGAUUGAUGGAGUUGGAAGAGAGAUCUUUUAUGGAGUGUAUGCGACGCAUCGAACGGUAUCCACUUCCUGGACCAAUUGUGUACGGGAAUCCCAGUGGUUCAGCGGAUAUACAUCCACCGUCGCAGGACACCAGUACUUUACCUCAUGGAUCACUAGGUAGUGUUCCCACGUUAGAUGGGAACAGGAGCUCUGGCUUUGGGAGCUUUGGCGAUGGUGAAAAAGUCAUGCUGCGGAACAUUGAGCGUCGUAUCUUUGUGAUGAGUAAUGCGCCAUAUGCGCUUCCUUUUGUAUUUGAGCGUCAUGUAUCACCUCCUGUUUUGGGGUCCAGUGAAGGUACGAAUUCUGCACCUUUAACCGCGUCUGACGUUUAUGGUUACUAUAAAGAUAACCGAGCACGUCCCGGAAUGAUGGAGCGGCAAUGGCAAGCGUUAGCCCUACUUGCCUCUACAGCUGUUCGUAAUUUGAUGGAGAAAACGGGUCUGAAUUCAGAUGGAAAGGGAGGUGUUGAUGCUCGUCAUCGUGACGGUGCCAAUUCCCUGAAGUCUACCGGUAGCGGUGGACCGAUAUUGCAUCAGCCAGCGCAGCGACUCCCUAUGGACCUGAAGACGCUUGAAGCAAACGAUUCUAGUAUAAUUUUUACUCCGCUAGAUUUUGUGGCAGGGAGGUCCAUUGCGAGAUAUGUGGGCCGUCUUUCACAGCACUUUAUUCGUGAAGCCUACGAGAUUGACUCUUCUGAAGAUCUUGGUGUUUUCUUUCAGAAGACAGAGUUUGAGAUGCAAUGCCUGGUGCAGGCAAUGGUGUGUCUUAUGGGAGGAAACGCUUUACUGAAGCACUGUGUGACAUAUCAUGAGGUGUGGGAUUCCGAUGGCUCAGGGUGUGCGUUUGUGUUUGUCACAGUGACGGGAGACGUGGUGCAGACAACCACCCUUCCUUUAGUGACUCUGCUUUUGAGUAAUGGUGGCAGCUAUGAGGAGGGAAGUGACGAUUGA